AUGGGGUUGAAAAAACGUAGCGUUGAUUCUGCCGAGCCGCUUGCCCAGCCUGUGCAUCGCGAAACCUGGGUAUCGACAAAUAAAAUUCUAAACAGUAGUCUGAGUGCAAAGCGCAUGAACAGCCGCAACCCAAAUUUUGACUAUGAUGAAACCAAAUUGCUGAUAUCAUUAUGGGGGGAUCCGCAAGUGCAAAAAACUCUUAUUACCACUCACAAAAAACAUCCGGUUAUUGCCGAACUGGCAAUGAAGAUGCGUGAAUUCGGGUACAACCGCUCAACGGAGGAAAUUAAUACGCGCAUAAAAAAUCUUAAAUGCUUCUACAAUCGCAUCAAAAAGGACAUGGCUGCCGGAAUUAUUAAUCAAACAACUUGGAAGCACUUUAGCGAAAUGGACGAAAUUAUAAGCCGUCCGGUGUUCGGAAACGCUCAUCGGUUGCACAUGAUGCAACAGCAGAAACAGCAGCAGGAAGAAGAGGAACUGAAAAAACAAAUCCUAGAGCAGCAGGAACAAAUGCAGCGCUUCCCAGUGAAGCUGGAGUUAAUGAGCGAUGACGAUUCAACGGAAAUCCGCGCUGAAGACCUCUUGACCAUCGAUACUAAUCCGCCCGACGAAUCAUUAAGUGCACUGGAGAAAGAUGAGCUGAACAUCAAAGAGGAUACAAAAAAUAACUACGAGGACGAUGACGAGGACGACGACGACGAGGAUGAUGAUAGUGAUUUCGAUGUGGAAAAUGAGUUUAACGAUGGGCUAGACGAGUUGCUCUCCAAAGCUAAGUCUACCGGCAGCAAUACAACAUCGGCAACCGAGACACCAUCCUCUGCUCCAAGCUCGACGCCCAAAUUAGCUAGCGCUAGCGAGUCUGUAACCAUCACGACCACCACGUCUACUCCCGUCAGCUCGCAAGGCAAAAUAUCAGUCGUCCCGACAAACCUGCUAUUGAAACCAACCCCAGCAAACGUGAGCAUCAGCUCGCCUAUUCAAAUCUACACCCAACCGACGGUCAGCCUGGCGAAACCACCGACCCUUGCUCCGGCUCCGCAAGGAGUCAUUGCAUCCAGCUCUUCGGCAGCCACCAUGGCACCAAUGAAGCUGCUACUGGUCAACACAGUCUCCAAAGAUGGAACCACUCAGCAGAUUUUAACACCAGCUUCGGAAGUUCCAAAAAUGCCCCAGAUGCGGCCGGCACCCAUGCUAGCUCCCAAACCGACCGUCAUACCGAUUGCUCCUAAGCAACCAAUCGUGAGCAUACCUGCCAUUAAUGUACCACAAGGUUCGACUCCUGAGAGUUUGACUACUGCCGGACGAAAACCUAAGCCAGCUCUGUUGAAUGGAGAGAAGUCAUCUGGCGUGAAAGUGCUGCUCAAUCAAUUAGUUUCCGUUCAGCGUGAAAAUUUGGUCGUUUCCAGAGCCAGGCUGGCACUGGAAAAAGAGCGACUCGAAUUCGAAAAACAAAUCGGAGGACCUCUGGUCGACGUCGUACGAAGUCUGAGUAAUUUUUUCAACGGAUUUAUGCAACAACAGCAGAAGCAAGCCUCUUCUACCCGCGAAGAUGCUGGACAACCGGCUGCCAAGAAAAGACGCACGGAAAACAGUGCAGACAAACAACAACAGCCGGCUGUAACUACGACAGAAGCCAUCAAAGCUGAAGUGAUUAGUGAUACCGAAGAUAAAUAA